UCUCGAUUUUGGGCUGUCCUUAUCAGUAUCGAUGCAUACAAGUCCAAUCCCUUACACGGCUGCGUAUCUGAUGCAUUAUCGAUGAAGGAUUUCCUAAUCGAGAAGCUUGAUGUGCCAGAAUAUCGCAUCGAGUGUCUUCUUGGGUCCAAUAAUCCCACCCUUGACAACACCAUACCCCCUUCCCAUGCCAACAUCGUAAACAUGCUCUACAACCUCAUUCACAACCCCAAAAUCCAACAGGUCGACAAUAUCAUCAUCUACUACGCUGGGCAUGGCUCAACCUAUGCCUGUUCAGAGCAGUGCACUGCUACAGGAUCUACAUGUCGCAGCGCCGGUAUCUGUCCCAUUGAAGCUCUGUGCCCCAUCGAUCGUGACACUGAGGAUGCUGAUGGACAUUGGAUACCCGACAUCAGCGACCGAGAGCUUGAUGCUCUUUUCAGACAAAUAUCAUACGCCAAGGGGCAUAAGAUCAAGUUCAUCGCUGACUGC